CAAAUACAGUUCGUGGAAAGUUGUCGCAAUACGACAGCUAUUAAUGCCUUAGAACAUAUGUAUUUGGCGCGAAUAAUAUAACUAUCGACUCAUUUUAAAUACAUUUACUUCUUAUAAAUAUGUUAAUUAUUUUCUUUGAUUUACGUUCUAUACAAACAUUGCAGAUCAACCAACAAUUGGUGGCUUUUAUGUUGAAAGAUUUGAAACCAUGUCACAUAUAACUAUUACUGAAAACGACACGAUUGUAUUGCACUGUAUGUGUAAUGGAUUCCCACCACCCUCGAUGAGACUGCUAAAGGAUAACAUAAACCUUGAGGAAAAGAACAGUAGCACAGCCAAAAAUGCUAUCAACAGCUUUCGACAUGUGAUUGCUCCAGUGAAGUGUCAUCACUUGGGACAAUACAUAUGCUUGGCGUCUAAUGCCAUUGGAGUCACCGGAAAGGAAUUGUAUUUGGACGUGUUAUGUCCAGUAAGAAGACUUCACAACCGCGAAGUUCUGUCGAAUUCUGGUAACGUUGCAAUAAGUGCAAUGGAUGGUGGGGUUACAUUUGAGUUUCGCGCAGUUGCUAACCCUAUACCGGAUCAAUCAGGUUUUAUUUGGAGGAAGUGCACAGAUACAAAUCAAUGUAGGGUAAUAACAUCCACCGAGCGUGUACAUAUUGUAACAGACGGUACAAUCAGCACUCUUACCGUUGAAAAUAUUACUGAAUCUGACUACGGGAUGUACAUUUUGCAAGUUGACAAUGGUAUUGGAACUUCCCAUGUAGAAAUAUACUAUUUGAAAGCGCCAGAUGCGUCGAUACCCGAUUACAUGAUGGCUGUCGUAAUUGCUGGUCCUAUUGCAGUUGUUUUUCUUGCAAUAAUUGUAGUGAUGUGUUACAAAUACAAACGCAGGAACACAACUGGGAUAGUUGUCAUUCCUAUGGUUGACAUUGCGUCCACCGUUGAUGUCAGACAAGUGGUUGCACGACAUGUUCCUUCAAGAGAAAGAGACGAUAAUGUCAUUUAUCACGAAAUUAAUCCACAAUCACUGAUUCGGGAGACUCCAAUAAAUGAAGACGGAGCUACGAUGUCUGUGGCGACGACGACGACGCCUGUCCGUUAUGAGAGUUUGAUGCGAACGGGAUCAGCAGAAAACCCUCCGUAUACCGAAUUAAUGGAGAAGUAGAAUAGGGUGAUUGAAAUAAUAUGAAUAACCACAUUAACAUGAACUAUAAAAAACAAAUUAUGUAUGUAUAUUUUAGUCUAAACGAAGAUAGAAAUUCAAUAUAUUUUUUGUGUAUAUGUAUAUAUGAUCUGAAGUGAUUUUUUAAAUCAACGUCUUUACUUUAAAUGGGCUUAAGUACAUUGUAAAAAAAUAUGUAAACGUUUUCAUAUUGCCAGAAAUAUGCUAUAAACAACAA